AUGGAAUCCCGAUAUGCCGAGGAACAAGAGUAUACAAGGCGCGGCGACGACCCGGCGACGACCCGGCGACGAUCCGGCAUCGACCUGUUUAAAACCGUGGCGUCUUCAUUUUUGGCAUCCGGCAGCACAGUUUUCUUUGAUGCUGCCGUAGAUAACAUGCAAACCACGUGUAUGCAGGAAGUAACGAUGAACAGUACAUUCCACAAAGAAACUGGAGAAGAGUCAAUACUUGACAAAGUCUUCAAGGUCGUCUGUCCAAGUGGCUGCCGUAGAAAAGGCGACUGUGUCGAUGGUCAGUGUAAAUGUCAUGCAAAUUACUCGGGGUCGGACUGUUCAGUUGACCUCAAUUCUCCCCCACAACUAACGGGGGUGGACUUCGACGGUCUAUGCGAUGUAAAUGAAGAUCCUUGCACUGCUAUAUCUCUGGUUGGGGGCACGUUUGUCAAUAGUGCCAGCACAACCUGCAUAUUUAGAGACGUUGAUGAGAAUGGUGGACAGACUAUGGAAACUUCUGACGGGCCUGUAGACGUGUCUGUUGUAACAGCAAACUUUGAAAAUUUGUUUGAACUCUCUUGCCGUAUACCAGUUCGACGCACAAAGCGAUCUGCUCUAGGAGUUUCGGCUGAAGAUAAACCUUCUGCUUACCACGUGUCCGUCUCCAACAAUGGCGUUGCUUACAGCGAGGAGAGGAUUGUCGGCAUCUACAACUCCAUUUGUCAGACUUGCACACUCUCUGACACGUCAUUUCACUUGCAGCAGCUGCAUGAGAACGUCGGUCGCGUGGAUCCUAACCAUGUUACCAGUCUACAUCAUAUAUUUUUGAAACAAUAGAAAAACAAAUAUCGUUUUAAAAACGUAUACUCAAUUCCAAAACAAGAACUCCAAAUAGCCCUGUCUUCUUAGAGCUUGAACGAUUACCUAUCUCUGUUAUAUGUAAAUAGAUAAUAUUGAUGUAGUUGAACGAUUACCUAUCUCUGUUAUAUGUAAAUAGAUAAUAUUGAUGUAGUUGAACGAUUACCUAUCUCUGUUAUAUGUAAAUAGAUAAUAUUGAUGUAGUUGAACGAUUACCUAUCUCUGUUAUAUGUAAAUAGAUAAUAUUGAUGUACUUGGAUAAAACUAAUCCAUAGCAACGAUUUUCUUGUGUGGACUAUUUAGUAAAAAUGCUAAUACUGUACUAAUAUUUGCUAUUUGCUGGUCAUCGGAGAUUUUUAAUACCGAUUUGUGCGGCGUUCGUCCGUCUGUCCGUCCAUCUAUUGAAGUUUGUUUUCUAGAGUUUUGAAUGGAUUAUUCUAACCUGUUGUAUUAUGAUACUCUUCUGCCCUUUUCACAAACUAAUAGAGAUAUAUUUUGUAAGUUUAGAUUUUAAUUAAAUUAUUUUAAAAUGUAAAUAGAAACUUUGAAAGUCUGUCUUCUAGUGUUUUGAUUGGAUUGUUCUAAAACUUGGUACUAUGACUUUGUCGCCACAAAAUAAUAGUAAAAUAUUUUCGAUUUGUUCUUUCUAUUAUAUUUUUAAAGUUUAACAUUGAAAAUGUAAAAGCAAAUGUCUCGAACAGAUUUUUGAAUGGAUAGUUCUAACACUCAGUAUAAUUAUUGUUAAGGGUAGUAUUCACAAAAUAACAGAGAUAUAUUCUGAAAAUUAUUAAUUUUAAAAUUUUAACUAGACAUUUAGCACUGGAGAAACAAAGGUGUACUUUUUUGUAUAGAGUUUAAUUGGGUAGUUCUAAAACUCUGGAUAAUGAUUCUUCACAAAUUAAUUGAGAGAUAUUUUUUUAAUUUAAAAUAUUUGCCUUUUUAUUAAAUUUUAACAUUAAAGCUUAUUAAAUCUAUCUUCUUGA